UUGUCAGAUAACAUCAUGAGGAACAGCAUAAAGCGCAGACGGGCCAGCGGUCUCACUACUCAAACUUUGCUAGACUUUGAUUUAGGCGAAUCGUCAUCGGAUUCCGAUUUCCGCAUCGAGGAUCAUGAUGACGAGAGUGAUGAUUGUUCACUAGGAUCGAAGGACGACAACGACGAUGGAGACGACGACGACGUCGACGAAGAUGAUGAUGACGACGACGAUGAAGAUGAUGAUGACGACGACGACGAUGAUGAGGAUGGUGAUGAGGACGAUCAGGAUCAUACCAAUCAACCGCUGCAACGCAUCAACUCACAGAAUGGCGCAAAUCGUAAACCCGCGGAACGCGACGGAAACGAAUCCGGGAACGACGAGGAGGAGGAAGAAAAUGCCAUCGAGAGUGGAAGCGGCGAGGUUAAGGGAAAAAUUGUUCCGAUCGCGGUGCCGAAGGUAAUGAGUGAAAAGGAUGCUGCGAUUCAGAAGCUGCUCAUGAAAUCGAUCUGCUGUGCAUGUCUAGGAGAUCGAAGUGAUGAUCAGAAUGAGAUCGUCGAGUGUGAUGGUUGCGGCGUGACGGUGCAUGAAGGUUGCUACGGGGUAAGCGAAUGUACCAGUAUUAGCAGUACCAUCUCGUCCUGUUCCACCGAACCGUGGUUCUGCGACGCGUGCAAGGCGGGUGUGGAAAACCCGGACUGUGAGCUCUGCCCUAACAGGGGUGGCAUCUUCAAGGAGACGGAUGUUGGCAAAUGGGUACAUCUGGUGUGUGCUCUGUACGUGCCGGGUGUUGCGUUCGGUGAGGUGGAUCAGCUUUCCUCAGUGACACUGUUCGAGAUGCCAUAUAACAAAUGGGGCGCCAAGACGUGCAGUCUUUGCGAGGAUGCUAGGCUAGCGCGUACUGGUGUUUGCAUCGGUUGUGACGCGGGCAUGUGUAAGACGUACUUCCACGUUACCUGUGCGCAAUACUACGGUUUGCUGUCCGAAGCACACUCGGAAGAAGCGGAUCAAGCCGAUCCAUUCUAUGCACACUGUAAGAUACACUCAGAUAAAUCGCUCAUCAAACACCGGAAGCGCAAUUACAACGCGAUCAAGAUGAAGGCAGUGCAUCGGCAAAUGGAAGAAGAGUCAAGAAAGAAACAGAAACCAACUCCGGAGCAGCUGCGUAUCGAACGGAAGCUUACCAAGCACCGUAGGCGGUACGUGACGAAUAAGGAGACCAAAAAUCCGCCCUGGGUACCAACACAAAAAAUGCCACGGUUGCUUAUUACCAGUGCGACAGCGUGCAAGAAAAUGCUGUACAAAGCCGAACUGAUGGGGCUGGAUAUGGCUGCGAUCGAAUUCCAGGAGGCACAAAUCGCUUCGCUGAGUGAUGUGCGCAAGAAGUGGCACAUUCCGCCAGCAUUUAGCGUCGAAUUCAUCGGCUACUAUCUGGACCGUGCGAUUCGGCUGGUCGAUAUGAAGAAAAACCUCCAGGAGCAAAUUGUCAUGAACAAGCACCUGCUCGGGAAGCAGCAACAGCUGCGCAUCAAGUACGAUCGAAGCGUGACAAAGAACCAAGAAGCGCUGAAAACGAACGAACUGUACAAAGAGAGCAUAGCGAAGAUUUACGAGCAUCUUAAUGCGUUGUGCCCGAACAAACCGCUCGUACCGGUGGAUCAAGUCGGAAAACCGCCGGUCGCUGGUGCGCCUCCGUACGUCAAGACGCAUCAGAACGUGGUGAUCAACACGUCGUUAAGCGUGACACCGCCCGCCCGUACGAUGUCGGUACCAACGGCGGCAGCAUUGAAGAUGGGUGUCGGCUUUCCGCUGCAGAAUCUCAUGGUACCGGGCAAAAGGGACGAUACCGGGCGCAUCCUCAGCACACAGUGCAAACAGAACAGCGAGGAGCUGUUGAAUGAGUGUGGCAUCUGCAAGCGUUGCAACGAUCAGCAUUUGCUGGCAAAGUGCGAUACCUGCCACCUGCACUACCAUCUUGGCUGCCUGAAUCCACCGCUAACACGGCACCCGAAAAAGUCCAAACUGUACGGAUGGCAGUGCUCCGAAUGUGACAAAUCGGACGAUUCCAAUCCGGAAAGCAUCAUCAUACCGAAGAUGCCACGGAAAUCACGCACCCGGUAUUCAAAGGAUGGUACGAUUGUGCCGUACGAUUAUUCCUACUCCGAACAACUUCCGGCAUCACAGACAGAGGGAGCUGGAAGCAGUGCCCGAAAAACGAUCAAAAGUGUUGCCACGAUGGAGGUUGGUGCCGGUCUAGCAGAUAUAAAGCAGGAACCGAACCGACAACUGGCGGCAGUGGAAAGUACAAACGAGGUGGAAACGCUUGUAAAAACACCCGGAAAGCGUGGUCGGAAGAAGAAAUCGAUGGACACAGCGAUACCGAGUGCUGCUGUUCCGGCACGGUUACUGGUCGCUUUAACGAACGAUUUCAAGAAAAACGAUCUCAAAUUAUCCAGUGCUAAAGAGGAGCAGAGCGACGAACAAAGCAGCAAGUAUUCCUUGCUCGAUUCUACCCUUUCCGAGCUGGACACGUCCGAUGAGCAGCGACAGCACGUUGCCACCUUGGAACAGGUAGAAUCUACAACCACACAGGGACCGCAGCACAAAACGGAACCUGUCGAAGGUAGCUUAACGAUCGCGAAUGCCGUACUGCCUAUGGUAGGUUCAUCGGAAGCAGUAGCAGCAACCGGACUAGGAACGGAAUCAUUAUCAACCAUGACGAUGGAAUCUGGAUCAUUCUCGACGACGCAUCACAAGCACAGCAAACGUAGGAAGGAAAAGCAUCGUAACCGAUCACCGAACAUGGAGCGCAUUAUUUCCAAGGACCACAAGCGCAAACGAAAACGAAAGAACCAUGCCUACGAAACAGUCGACCAUACAGAUCUUGAUUACCCGGUGCCGGAGUACGGUGACAGCCGGCCACGCAUCAAAAUAAAGAUAAAAUCCGUACUGGACGGUUCGAACAGGCACACGACACAAAUAUUUUACGUCCGCACCGAACAAACGGAAGAAUCAUCAUCGGCUUUACCACAGCUCAUAUCUGGUGCUGCGGAUAGUUCGUCGCAGGCGAACCAGCUAAUGGUACAGAUGAACCAAAUGUUGCCUGUACCGCAACCGGCCCAAUUUAACGGAACCGAUCAAACCACUCAGGGACGGGCUCGUAUCAAGCGGGAUGUUGGCAGCCGUUUGAAUGCGUCCAGCACCACCAGCAUCGGCUCUUCGGUAGGAAGUAGCGCAAACGAUGAAUGCAUCUGUGACGUUUGCCAGGGUGCGGGUACCUCAGCUAACAUAGUACAGUGCGAUGAAUGCCAAAAAAAUUAUCACUUCGGAUGCUUGGAACCACCGCUAAAAAAGACACCGAAACGACGAGGUUAUUCAUGGCAUUGUGCAGAUUGCGAUCCAACGGAUAUAGAAAGCUGA